AUGGCUUGGAGCAUUCUGGCCAAUCAGUAUAGAACUGGCAACCUGUGUCUUCCUUUUCUGCAGGGCACGUUCCUGAUGGCGCAACUAGAUCUCGCCGAUGGUCGGUCAGAUCGAGGUUACAAUAGUGUCGCCCUUGCACUUCGAGCGCUACAGUCAGCCGGGCUGAACAGAAGCGAUGGCUACACCUCGCUUCAGACUAGAGCUGAUCAAGAAGACUGGAAGCGCAUUACAUGGGCGUUUUUCAUGCUUGACCGCAAUUACAAUGCCUCCCGGACCUAUUCAAUCUGCCUUAGCGACAAGCAUUUCACAUUACCCUUUCCUUCUCCGAAUGCGUCUGGUACAGACCAUGGAUGCUCAAGCUCAUGCGGUAGACUGUACGAUGGGCCUGGAAAACUAGGGGAAAAGGUAGAUGACGGGAUUCUGGCGUGUCUCAUCCGGCUUUCCUCGAUCUGGGGUAAGCUCACAGAGUACGUGUUCGAGCCCUCUGAUGAGGAUAGAUGCCCCCCAUGGCAGUCAGGCUCGACAUGGGCAGGUCUAGAAUCGGACUGGAUGCAAUUCCAAACACAAUUCGCGGAUACACACCGCUACGUGAAUGUUGAUUUUCGCCGACGGGCGCGCGAGGAGCGGGGCUCGCGUGCUUACUUGUCCACCUGGCUAUGCGUUCAAUUUCUCUUCCAUUCGGUACAGGCAUUGCUGCACCACCCAUUCGUCAUCACGGGUAAGCUUCGCCAGUACGGGAAACACAUACCUUCUACUUUUCUGCAGAAAUCGUACGAGAGCUCCGUCAUCCAUUCCAGAUGGAUUGCCCGGUUUGUGCGGGAGAUGGCCGAGGUGGGCUUCAAGCUCUAUGACCCAUUCAUCGGGUAUCUCUGCGCGAUUGCAGCCACGAUCCAGUUGGAGCAUACUCAGAGUAAAAAGCAGCAAGUUGCCCGCCUGGCCAAGAAUGACUACGAAACGCUUGUGGCAUUCGUGACUGGUUUAUCUGCGUACUGGGGGAAUAUGGGAGUUUUGGCCCAUCGGUUAAACAAAAUUGCUGAACGACGCAAGGACUAUGGUUCACUGUAUGAUAAUCAGGAAGAGUUCUCCGGCAUUCUUCCCUGCAUGCCAGCCUCGUCUGAUCUACCUCGCAUGUCUGCUGAGGACGAGCGUUUGAUGUGGGAUAUUCUUGACUUUGGCACGUCCUGUAGCUUUGCUAAGGCAUCUAUAUUCGAUGCUUCCGGUUCUUCAUCCGACCAGCAUAUGGGAGGAGUGUCUGUGCCGCUGCCUCUGGAUGAUUCUUCAUCCACAGGACAUGAUGUAGUAGGAGAGGUAAUGGUUGAUCUUCCAAGACCACGAGCUGAAGAGCCUGGAUCCGCUACAGACUCUCUUGAUCAAUAUCUUCCACCAGAGUGGCCGAUAUCAAAUACUGACGAGCUGGGAUUGGCACUGCCUGAUGCAGCGGACUGGUUGCUCUUUGGAGGUUCUUUGCCGGAGCAGUUAUGA